UUCUAUCACGCGUCCCUCGCGCCCAGACAAAACCAAUCUUCAUCACAAUGUGGACCAAGAGUGGAUUAAUUGUGGCCUUCCUGAUCACGCUGGCAGUGCAGCAAAGUGUGGCUUCGCCCGCGAUGCGCGUGAAGCGCGCCGACGAUCUCGACGAUCACCUGGAUCCCAUCAAUCAAGUGGAAGACAACGGCCAAUUGGAACGGGAGAAGAGAAAAUUGCCCGAUGCAGUUUUUGGCACGAAAAACGCCCUCCUUGGAUUAGUUUUCAGCAAAAUUGAUUCGCUAAUUGAUUCGAAAACGCGCUUUAUCGAUGUACUGGAUCAAACGAAUGUUGCCAAGAACAAGCAGUACGGCAUCGAGCCACCGCCACAGAUUAACAGCCUGCAGAGCCUCAUCUCGGCCGUGAUCACGCCCAAGAUUCAGGCCAUCACGAGCAAGUUCGGCAGCCUGAGCGGAUCCUUCCUCGGCGGCUCUGGCACUGGCUUCGCGACGGCCGGCGGCGAUGCCGGAGACGCCUCGGGCGGCGGCUCUGGAUUCGGUGGCAUCCUCACGUCUCUGCUGCGCUUCUCCGGACCCAUUCUGUCCUCAUCCUCUGGCGGCGGCCAGACUGGCGGCGACGAGCUGGGCGAGGACACCGAUGACGAGCGCAAAUAG